UCAUGUUGCUGCUCUCUUUUCUGUAGAAGACCAGACUUCUUGGAUCCGCAUCGCCGAGUACUUCCACCCCUCGCAGCCUCUCCUUCUCUUCGUCGUUCGUCUGGGCUGUGGCUGCUCGAAGAGAUGAAGGAUUUAUGUCUCUGUCACUCUCUGGUUUUUUAUCAUUCGUGUAUCGCUUGCAGAAAAUUGUUUUGAAAUUGGAUUUACAUGAUGACAAAGAGAAACGGAAGGCCAUGAAGACCGUCUCUUCCCUUCAGGGGAUCGAUUCCAUAGCCAUGGAUAUGAAAGAGAGGAAAAUGACGGUGGUCGGAUCCGUCGAUCCCGUGGAUGUGGUGAGCAAACUGAGAAAAUUCUGGCAUACCGGUAUCGUCUCGGUCGGGCCUGCAAAGGAGGAGAAGAAGGAAGAGCCCAAGAAGGAGCAAGCGAAGAAGGAGGAGCCCAAGAAGGAAGAAGCCAAGAAGGAGGAGAAGAAAGAGGAGGCCAAGAAGGAGGAGAAGAAGGAGCCCCAUGAGCAAAUGAUAGCGGACCAAGUCAAUGCAUACAAGAACUACAACCCUCACACGACCACACACUAUUACUACUCGCAGAGCGCAGAAGAGAAUCCAAAUUCUUGCAGCAUCCUGUGAUGGAUUUCCCUCGACGAGUCCGUGGAAUCAUUGGUUGAGUCUGGUAAGCAGCUGGCUUACAGCAAGGGUGUAAGAUAAUUAGAGAUUUGGCCCUGUACAUGUGGAGCUAUGUGGCGAUGAUGUGCAGACAAGUGAUCGGUUUUGAGCUCCUUGGCAUUUCGUGUUCGGAUCUCUCAUAAAAUUUUGACAUUGUUUCUCCUA